UAACUGUGUAAUCGAUAACAACCAGUCGACGGACAACAACAAAGAAAAUAAAAGUUUAUGAAAACACAACAAAAUUAGCAGAUUCAGAAAUUUCUCUUGCCUCAAAAAUGGCCCACAAUUACCUACAGCCGGUGCACGACCACUUCGAUGCCGUGGACAGAUUCGAGGAUGUGGACGAUGACCUAUUCCUGCAAAACAAGCGAACGGGAGCACCCAAGAUUUCACAGCAGCGUAGCACGAAUCCCUUUGAGAUGGAUGACGAUGACGAAAACGAAAUAACCUCAUCGCCUUCGGUGGCCGCCCAGAGACUGGCCUAUGCGGAAAAGAGGAGGGCCAUCGAACAGCGGACUCUGGACUCCACUAAUAAGAGCUUAGGUCUGCUCUACGAAACCCAGGAAGUAGGCAAGGCCACAGCUGUGGAACUGGCCAAGCAGCGGGAGCAGCUGGAAAAGACCUCCCACCAGUUGGACGAGAUCAAUUCUACGCUGCGUUUUAGCCAGCGUCAUUUGACUAGUCUAAAGAGCGUCUUUGGCGGCCUAAAGAAUUACCUUUCCGGCAACCGUGAUCAGCCAUCUCCAGCUGCAGGCUCGCCCAAUGGCAGUCAGUUUUCCCAGGAGGCCAAUAGCAAUAUUGAUAUGGGCGCCUGUGGCGGAGUUAGCCCUUCUGCCCCACUUUCACCAGCGGAGCGCUACGACAAUCAUCCAGUGAGUCAACUGCGAGACGAUCCCAGCAGUACCUAUCAUCCUCAGCACCAGGCGGCCAAUCCCUUUCAGGCCCAGAUCGACGCCAAUCUGGAGGAGAUGUGCAGCAAUCUGUCGGUUUUGAAGAUGCUGGCCACCGAUCUUGGUGGCGAAAUUGAGUCGCAAAACGAGCUGCUGGAUAACAUGAACUAUAAAAUUGAAGAUGUCGACUUAAAGAUCCACAAGCAGAACAAGGACAUGAGCAAGCUGCUGAAGAAGUGAAUGAAGAAUUUUUGGGUAUCAUUAUACUGUUUUCUGCAUCCUUAGACUAGCCUCCCUUUAAUAUAUCAAUCAUAGUCAUACCAUAUCGCAAGUUAAGCACUACAUAAGGCCAUUGCGAAUGCAUUCCUCAUUAUGUUUCAUAGUUUUUUAUUGUUACACACACUAAAAGAAUUCUCUCAUUGGAGUGCUUGUACUUGGAGAGCGAUAAGUGUUCAGUUUUGAAUAAAAAUUGAUAUAAAAAGUAA